UUGGCCUUGUAGGUGAUUUCUGAUUUCGACAUGACUUUGAGCAGGUUUGCAUAUAACGGAAAGCGGUGCCCGUCUUCUCACAAUAUUCUGGAUAACAGCAAGAUCGUCACUGAGGAGUGUCGAAAAGAGCUCACGGCGCUCUUUCACCACUAUUAUGCAAUUGAGAUCGACCCACACCGCACCAUCAAAGAGAAGUUGCCUCAUAUGGUGGACUGGUGGACCAAAGCACACAAUCUCCUGUGUCAGCAGAAGAUUCAGAAGUUUCACAUAGCCCAGGUGGUUAGAGAGUCCAAUGCAAUGCUCAGGGAGGGAUACAAGACGUUCUUCAGCACCCUCUACCGUAACAACAUCCCUCUCUUCAUCUUUUCUGCGGGCAUCGGUGAUAUCUUGGAAGAAAUUAUCCGGCAGAUGAAAGUGUUCUACCCCAACAUCCACAUUGUGUCCAACUACAUGGAUUUUAAUGAAGAUGGUUUCCUACAGGGAUUCAAGGGCCAGCUCAUACACACGUACAAUAAGAACAGCUCCAUGUGUGAGAACUCUAGCUAUUUCCAGCAGCUCCAGGGCAGAACCAACGUCCUCCUGCUUGGAGACUCCAUGGGGGAUCUCACUAUGGCUGAAGGAGUUCCCGGUGUGCAGAACAUUCUCAAGAUUGGCUUCCUAAAUGACAAGGUGGAGGAGCAGCGGGCACGCUACAUGGACGCCUAUGACAUUGUGCUGGAGAAGGAUGAGACCCUGGAUGUGGUCAAUGGCCUGCUGCAGCACAUCCUGCGCCCGGGGGACCAGGAGGACCGGGUGGAGCUGCAGGGAUCCUGAGGGUGCAGGCCGCUCAGUGCCAACACAGAGGCAAGUCCAGGGCGGCG